AUGUCUCCUACUCCGGAUCCCACGACCAAUGCCUUUACUUUCUUGAACUACGACUCUCCGGGUCACAAUGCUUCACACCGACGAGCUGUCAAAUCUCAUAUCUCAAGCAAGUACAGAACGGCCGUUCGACAGCAGGCCCAACCUCGUUAUGCAUUGCCACACCGUGCUACACCAGAGUCAAUAACAACACUCACCAGAGCAGGUAGUGAGCAGACUACGUCACCAAAACCGAAGCGAAGGAAGCCUACGCCAGUGUCCCAACCCGAACCCGACGAUUUGAACAGAAUCCAUCAGUCUGCCAUCACUUCGACUUUGCCCUUGAUUUCUGGAGCCUUACGAACAGAUCCAUUCAAUUCCCUACCUGGCCGACAAACUCCUUGCGUCGCGGGCGCUUUGGACUACUAUAUCAAGAUCCUGUCUCCGCUCCAAGAGCCACUGCAACUCACCAUUGGCAUGACAAGCCCAUUGAUGUCUUGGGUGUUUCCGGUCUUCAUCUCCCAUGAAAGUGCUUACCAUGGAGCUGUGGCUCUGUCUCAAGCUUAUAUGGAAAAGCAAAGGUUCCCAAUGUCACGGCCAUCAGCGGAGGUCGGUUUCCAUCGGCAAAGAGCGGUUACUUUGUUGCGUGAUCAGAUCGACAAUCUUAAUGGACGACAACCCGACAAUGGUAUGAUGAUAGCAGUCCUGGCUCUAGCCAGCCUGGAUGUUGUCUAUCAGGAGGACAGUGUGACCAAUCGCAAAGGUCUUGCAUUGCUCGUUGCUUUGAAAGGAGGUCUAGAUAGCUUGGGGCACCGGGGUCUGAUCAAGGCGUAUCUGAUAGCCUUCGACUACUUCUGGAUGUUAGAAACCGGUGCCGCGAGUAUCUUUCCUCUGUCUAAGCGAAAGCAGCGUCGAGAGUAUCCUCGCAUUCCAUUCGAGACGAGCACCAUCUCUAUCGUCUCGACUUUGCCGCCUGGCUUUGCGGUUGUGGCUCAACAGGGCACCCUUGGAAUGGAUGUCCUUCGAAUAUUGUCUCGAGUGUCCUUGUCCCACUCAUCUGAGUUCAAACCUGAUGACGGCGAAGACCACCCCGAUAUUUUCGACACCUGCUCCUGUCUCCACGCAUCUUCAAGCACUGAACACAGCCUGGAGAAAAAUUUAUGUCUUGCUGUCAUCUUGUUCAGUUUCGACAAACACAACCCGUCUUCCUCGUCGGCAAAAAUUACGGCCUACAGAGGUUCGAGGAAAGAGCUGACAAGAUCGCUACCAUAUACACAAAUACGUAACAUGGAGGAACGCAACUGCCUGACCUGGAUCUGGAUAGUUCUCCUCGGUUCAUGGAAUAGUGACCUGGACUUCCGUGGCCAUACCUCGGAACUGUCCCGGGUUUUCUUCGAGAACAUUGAAGAAGCCAGACGCUGGGAAGAUGUGGAAAUAUUGAUGCGUCAGUUCUUCUGGCAUGAUGGACUAACGCGAAGGUGGUAUGAUAGUUGGUGGCAAGCACUCAUUGCCUUCCAGGAGAACUCCAUAUCGCCAUGGCAAUCAUCGUGGUCUGAUGCUCCUGCCAGCCCCCAGCAAUAUUCUUCGAUCCCUUUCAGAAGUUCGACACAGGGGCAAAGCUCUCGACCAAUCCCCUCUCCUACGAAUAGUACUAAUAGUAUUCCAAACGCGGCCAACAACGAAGGACAAACGACCCUGGUUCUCCCACCGAUGGUGACUCUGGAUACGUACUCCGGUCAGAUCAAGUGA